CCGAAUCAGAGGGAUUCUUCCGCAUUCGCCUGUUCCCUCACGCAAGAGAACGGUCAGGCAGUUGCGCCGAGUUCGCCGGCCGGGCGGCGACACUUCUCGUCCAAGUACACAAAAGAGCAGGUUACCAUCUAGUUAGGGGGAUGAUGAAGUCUGCUGGACAUACUUUGUUUGCUUCUUUUUCUCCUAUUCAUGCUGUUACCCUAAAAAAUCAUCGCAGAUUUGCAUCAAAUUCUUGCAUACAAAGUUCUACUAAAGCCCCAAUAUUGUUUGCUUACAAUAAGAAGCAUCAACUGGAUAGAAAACCUGAAAUGGUUGCUGCCCGGUAUUUUCCUCCUUGGUUCAGUGUUGCUCCGAUGAUGGAUUGGACAGAUAAUCAUUAUAGGACACUUGCUAGGCUUAUUUCCAAACAUGCAUGGCUCUACACAGAAAUGCUUGCUGCUGAAACAAUUGUUUAUCAGAAAGGAAAUUUGGACAGGUUCUUGGCAUAUACGCCAGAACAACAUCCUAUUGUGCUGCAAAUUGGGGGAAGUAAUUUGGAAAACCUGGCAAAAGCAACUGAACUAGCGAAUGCCUAUGGCUAUGAUGAGAUUAAUUUUAACUGUGGAUGUCCUAGCCCAAAGGUAGCUGGACAUGGGUGUUUUGGUGUGCGCCUUAUGCUUGAUCCAAAGUUUGUUGCCGAGGCUAUGUCGGUGAUUGCUGCCAACUCAGAUGUUCCGGUCAGUGUUAAAUGCAGGAUUGGUGUUGAUGAUCAUGAUUCAUAUAAUGAACUCUGUGAUUUUAUAUACAAGGUUUCUUCUCAAUCACCAACUAGGCAUUUCAUUAUACAUUCACGAAAGGCACUGCUCAAUGGCAUUAGCCCAGCUGAUAAUAGAAGAAUCCCUCCCCUGAAGUACGAGUACUACUAUGCUCUCUUGCGUGAUUUUCCAGACUUAAGAUUUACAAUUAAUGGAGGCAUAAAUGGCGUUGAUGAGGUGAAUGCGGCCCAAAGAGAAGGAGCUCAUGGGGUUAUGGUUGGACGUGCUGCUUACAACACCCCAUGGUACAUCUUGGGACAUGUUGAUACUGCUGUCUAUGGUGCACCUCAAACUAAUGUUACCCGGCGUCAGGUCCUUGAAAAGUACCAAGUGUAUGGGGAUUCUGUUUUGAGAAAAUAUGGGCAUAAACCAACUGUUCGGGAUGUUGUUAAGCCCCUACUUGGUCUUUUCCAUUCGGAGCCUGGAAAUGGCUUGUGGAAGCGCAAAGCUGACACUGCUUUACAACAUUGCACGACAAUAAAAUCCUUUUUUGAUGAAACACUCGAUGCUAUUCCUGACUCUGUUUUGGAUUCAACGGUUGGCGAGGCACCAUCGGGUCAUGUAGAUAAGUUUGCACAAUCAAAAGGUUUGCUACCUCAUCCUUAUGCAGCAAGAGAAGAUGAAGCUUUAUAUGCCUCUGUUGUAUGAUGUAUUCUAGUUCUGCAGCUUACCAAAUUGUACAUCUAAUUUAGGGUAUGUUCCAUUCGCCCAAUUCUUUUGGGAUGAUAGUCCCAUGUAACAACCUAUACAUCCAAAUAGUUGUUGGGUGUUUAGUAAAUUCAAUUUCAACAAGAAUGUAAUGGCAAGUACUCAUAUUCUGAUA